AGCGCCCCCCGCCCGGCCCGCCCCUCCCCCGCUGGUGACAGAAAGUCGGCCCAGCAGAUGAGGAAGUGGCAGGCAGGCUGGCCCUGGGGACUCCUCUCUGGUCCUGCUCCCUCCGAGCCCUCCAUCGCUGUCCGCCUGGCCCGUACUGAGCCCUUAGCCAGGAUGGAGGCUCUUACGAACUUGUACCAAGAGAUGAUGAAGAACGCAGAUCCCCGGAUGCAGGGCUACCCUCUGAUGGGGUCCCCUGUGCUGAUGACCUCCAUUCUCCUCACCUACGUAUACUUCGUCCUCCUUGGGCCUCGCAUCAUGGCCAAUCGCAAGCCCUUCCAGUUGCGUGGCUUCAUGAUUGUCUACAACUUCUCCCUGGUGGCGCUCUCCCUCUACAUCGUCUACGAGGUGGGCCUGGGACGUUGGCUGAGUACCUACACCUGGCGCUGUGACCCUGUGGACUAUUCUAACAGUCCCGAGGCGCUUAGAAUGGUUCGAGUGGCCUGGCUUUUCCUCUUCUCCAAGUUCAUUGAGCUGAUAGACACGGUGAUCUUCAUCCUCCGGAAGAAGGACGGGCAGGUGACCUUCCUCCAUGUCUUCCAUCACUCCGUGCUGCCCUGGAGCUGGUGGUGGGGGGUGAAGGUGGCCCCAGGAGGCAUGGGCUCUUUCCAUGCUAUGAUCAACUCCUCCGUGCAUGUUGUCAUGUACCUGUACUACGGAUUGUCCGCCCUCGGCCCUGUGGCUCAGCCCUACCUUUGGUGGAAAAAGCAUAUGACAGCCAUUCAGCUGAUCCAGUUUGUCCUGGUCUCGCUGCAUAUCUCCCAGUACUACUUCAUGCCCAGCUGCAACUACCAGUACCCAAUCAUCAUCCACCUCAUCUGGAUGUAUGGCACCAUCUUCUUCGUGCUCUUUUCCAACUUUUGGUACCAGUCUUACACCAAGGGCAAGCGGCUGCCCCGUGCACUUCAGCAGAAUGGAGCUCCAGCUAUUGCCAAGGUCAAGGCCAAUUGAGAAACAUGGCCUAGAUAGGCGCCCACCAAAGUGCCUCCGGACUGCACCUUGGGCAGCACUGACAGUGUCCUUCCCACCUACGUCUGUGACCAGGACUGAGCAGGGGACUACCCUGCCCCUCGCCACAGCUGGUCUGCAGGGACCGCUGUCUCCAAUCCUCACCCACUCCUCCAGGCCAGCUCCAGGAAGGUGGCAUUGCCCUUUGCCAUGCCAGAGCCGGGGGAGCUCAAAGGGCUGGACACUUACCUCCCUGCCUUAAAUGUGGGAGAGGAGCACUCAGGGCUGGCCCUCACCAGGGCCUGGUGGCCUUUUUCCUCACACUGAAGAGGUCAGCAAUAAUCUGUCGCUGUGGACCCCAGGCUCCCUCCUCCACUCCACACUGAAGCAGGAGCUUCUGGCCAAAGGUCAUGGUGAAUGGGGAGCCUGGGCAGGCAGCCCGGGGAGGCUGCUUACUCACUAGUGUCUUAAUUAAUUAAAAGUGACAGAGGAAA